AUGCGAAUCAUCAUCGGUGUAGCCAUCGCAGUCAUCAUCGUCAUCAUUGUCGUUUCAAUCGUCAAAACUGUCGGUAAUGACAAGAAGUAA